GAGGGCGCACCGGCCCGGGCGCGCCGCGGGACACGCGCCGCGGAAUCUCCUUCCCCCCGCGCACCGCUGCCGCAGCUAGAGAGUUCCGCCCACUACAGCCUCUGGCGAGGCGGCGUACACCGUUCAGGUUGAACCCGCACGGCGGGCCCCGGCCUGGGCUGCUGCCGGUACCUCUGCGGAGAGGCGCCGGGGAAGAGGCAGGAGGGCAAGGCGAGGGGGCCGGGCCCCUUAUCCCGCCGCACGCCGCCGCCGCCCCGGAAGCGCUCUCCGGGCGCCUCCAUGCGCCGGCUCCUGGCAACCGGCGAGGCGAGGCUCGCGGCGUCCUGCGCCCAGGCCCGAGGCUCGCUGCGGCCGCUCGGCCGCCGUCGCCGCCAUGCUGCGGGGGGCACAGGAGGGGCAGGCCACGGCCGUCACCAGGGCGCUGUCGGCCGCAUCAGUACUCUGUCAAGUGGAACCGGUGGGAAGAUGGUUUGAAGCGUUUAUUAAGAGGAGAAACAUAAAUGUUUCUGCCUCUUUCCAGGAGCUAGAAGAUGAGAAGGAACUCUCUGAAGAAUCAGGGGAUGAAGAACUGCAGCUUGAAGAGUUUCCUAUGUUAAAAACUCUUGAUCCAAAGGACUGGAAGAAUCAAGACCAUUAUGCAGUUCUCGGGCUAGGCAAUAUACGCUACAGGGCUACUCAAAAACAAAUCAAAGCAGCACAUAAAUCCAUGGUGUUGAAACAUCAUCCAGACAAACGAAAAGCUGCAGGGGAACAGAUAGGAGAAGGUGAUAAUGAUUAUUUUACAUGCAUAACUAAAGCUUAUGAAAUAUUAUCUGAUCCUGUGAAACGACGAGCAUUUAACAGCAUAGACCCUACUUUUGAUAACUCUGUACCUUCCAAAAGUGAAGCAAAAGAAAACUUCUUUGAAGUUUUUUCACCAGUUUUUGAGAGAAACGCCCGGUGGUCAAACAAGAAAAAUGUUCCUAAACUGGGGGACAUGAACUCUUCAUUUGAAGAGGUAGAUGCAUUCUAUUCAUUUUGGUAUAAUUUUGAUUCCUGGAGAGAGUUUUCCUAUUUAGAUGAAGAGGAAAAAGAAAAAGCAGAAUGUCGAGAUGAAAGGAGAUGGAUUGAAAAGCAAAACAGAGCUGCCAGAGCACUGAGAAAAAAAGAAGAAAUGAACAGAAUUAGGACACUUGUUGACAAUGCAUACAGCUGUGAUCCCAGGAUAAAGAAAUUUAAGGAGGAAGAAAAGGCAAAGAAAGAAGCAGAGAAGAAAGCAAAGGUAGAAGCAAAACGAAAAGAACAGGAGGCAAAAGAAAAACAAAGACAAGCAGAAUUAGAAGCUGCACGGUUAGCAAAAGAAAAGGAGGAAGAAGAAUUUAGGCAACAGGCAUUAGUAGCAAAAAAGGAAAAAGAGAUACAGAAAAAAGCCAUCAAGAAAGAAAGGCAAAAACUGAGAACAACGUGCAAGAACUGGAAUUACUUUUCUGAUAAUGAGGCAGAUUGUGUUAAAAUGAUGGAGGAGGUGGAAAAGCUUUGUGAUCGUCUUGAGCUUGCAAGUCUGCAAUGCUUGAAUGAAGCACUUACAUCCACAACAAGGGAAGGAGGAAAGGCGGCUGUAGUAAAACAGAUAGAAGAAAUAAAUGAACAAAUAAAGCGAGAGAAAGAAGAGGCAGAAGCUCGGAUGCGCCAAGCAACAAAGAGUUCAGAAAAGUCAACCACUGGUGGUGGAGGGGCAAGCAAAAAUUGGCCUGAAGAUGAUUUACAGUUGUUAAUUAAAGCUGUGAACCUCUUCCCAGCAGGGACUAAUUCAAGGUGGGAAGUUAUUGCCAAUUACAUGAACUUGCACUCUACUACUGGAAUGAAACGAACAGCAAAAGAUGUCAUCAAUAAAGCCAAGAGCCUCCAAAAGCUUGACCCUCACCAAAAAGAUGAUAUCAACAAGAAAGCGUUUGACAAAUUUAAGAAAGAGCAUGGUGUGGUGCCUCAGAUGGACAGUGCUGCCCCCUCAGAACGAUUUGAAGGAUCACCUUUAGAUUCAUCCCCUUGGACUACAGAAGAACAAAAGCUUUUAGAACAAGCAUUGAAGACUUACCCAGUAAAUACUCCUGAAAGAUGGGAGAAAAUAGCAGCAGCUGUUCCAGGCCGCUCAAAAAAAGACUGCAUGAAGCGAUAUAAGGAACUCGUUGAAAUGGUCAAGGCAAAGAAAGCGGCUCAAGAACAAGUGAUGAAUGCUACUAAAGUCAAGAAAUGACUCUUACUGACAAUCUUUGUUUUAUAAUAAAAAUGCAAAUACUGUA